GAGAUAGUGUGAGUGCUAGCGCGGCGAGGGGGUCGCGGUCGCCGGUCGCACGCUGCGUGCAUUAGCUAGUGUUGCGCGAAGAGCGCGUGUAGUUCGUGAUACGAGAGACGUGACUGGAACUGUCACACGCGAGACUACACCCGGCCACAUAAUGUCAAAUCGAGCAUGGGUGACGUUAGCCACAAACGACUCUUACGGGUUGGGGGCUCUGGUGCUGGCGCAUUCCCUGCGCCGCGUCGGAUCUUCGUACCCUGCCGUGGUACUCAUCACACCCUCCGUCACUGAUCCCAUGAGAGAUCGUCUUCGCGCGGUGUUCGCAGAGGUGAUCAUUGUGGAUGUACUAGACUCUCAAGACGCGGCUCACCUCGCGCUGCUGCAGCGGCCCGAGCUCGGCAUCACGUUCACCAAGAUCCACUGCUGGAAUCUCACGCAGUAUGACAAGUGCGUGUUCCUGGAUGCCGACACAUUGGUGGUACAAAACUGCGACGAGUUGUUCGAACGCGAGCAGCUGUCAGCGGCUCCCGAUGUCGGCUGGCCCGACUGCUUCAACUCCGGAGUCUUCGUGUUCUCUCCCUCCGCGGACACCUUCAGCAAACUCAUCACCUUCGCACAGGAGCGCGGCAGCUUUGAUGGUGGCGACCAAGGCCUGCUGAACUCUUUCUUCUCUGACUGGGCACAUGGCGACAUCAAGAAGCAUCUGCCUUUCCUCUACAAUGUUACAUCCGCCGCCUUCUAUUCGUAUCUGCCUGCUCUGAAACACUACGGGCAGAAUUUGAAGAUUAUCCACUUCAUCGGAGCUGCCAAGCCUUGGCUGCAGCAGUUCAACUUCGAGUCGGGAUCCGUGGAUGCCCCUGAGCACAUCCGCGGCUUGCUCCAACUGUGGUGGGACAUCUUCGUCGGAGACGUCCACUCUCAGCUUGAUACCGGCAUGAGCGGUGUUGCCGGUAACCUGGCUCGAGUGUUGCCUGGUGGGGCUGGAAACCGUGAAGCUCUGGAUGAACUGUCACGCCGCCAGGGUUGGGAGGCCGGCAACAUUGACUACAUGGGCGCCGACUCCUUCGCUAAUAUCUGGGCCAAGAUCUCGCAAACACUGAGCAAGCCUCGCUCCUCACCCCCUAAACAGUCUCCACCGAGGGAACCUGCUCCACAGCCAGCUCCAGAACAAGUCGUAGUUCAAUCUGGAGAAGUUGUACAGGAACCCGUCGCUGAACAAGUAGAAGUGGCUAAAGAGGUAGUCCCAGCAGAAAGCGCGGCGCCUGCGCCCGCCGAACCUGUCCCCGCUGCAGCUGCUGAAGUGCCAGUCACAGUAGAAGCUGCGGCCCCUGUAGCGGCUCCAGCCCCCGCCGCUGAGGCAAAAACUGAAGAAGCUGCUCCUGCUAAGGUAGCUACGCCCGUCCCAGAGCCAGCCGUAGUACCCGUCCCAGUAGAAACUGCUGCGCCUGCUCCCGAAGCGCCUGCACCAGCAUUAGUCUCAGCGCCAAGUGAAGUUCCUGUGACCGUAGAGGCCGUCGUCCCAGACGUGCCUGCGCCUGUAGAAGCACUCGCGCCGGUCGCUGCGGCUCCCGCUAAGCCUGAAGCCGAGAAAGCACCAGAAGCCGCAGCAGUGGUAGAGGCACCAAAGACUGAAGUUCCAGUAGCCGCCGCCGCACCGGAAGUGGCUGUUGUGGAAACCCCCGCGACCCCGGCCAGCCCCGCCGUCGCCUCCGACAGCCCGCCGCUUGCCAACACGCCGUCCAAGGAAGAAGCGCCCGCAAUCCCCGCUGCUAAAACUUCCGAGGAGGCAGCGCAAGAGACGCGGCUUUGAUAGAUCAGGCCCUAACCGAGCUUGCUCUCUAAUGUGACCGCCAUACUAACGCCACGUCUAAUCGCUCGAGAGAAUAAAGGCGAGAAUAAAUUGGUUGUGUAGCCGAGGAGCGUCGCAAGCCGGCGGGCAAACUGAAGCUGUGCCCGCCCGCCGCCGCCGACCCGCUCCCCACCCCCGACAGCGAGCUGGAGGACGCGGCGGCGCUCGCCAGCGCCAUCAUCGCGCGCGAGCUCAGCGCGCCCGCGCCGCCGCACGUGCCCACCCCGCCCCUCGGCGCCGUGUCGCUCGCGCAGAUCGGCGUCAAGACCCCUGCCAAGGGCAAGUCCUCCACGGCAGCGCAGAUAGAGUCCUCCAUCACGGAAACCGCCCAGCCCGCGACACCCUCGAGCCCAGCGACACCUACGACUCCAGCGGCACCUACGACUCCAGCGGCACCCGUCACUCCAGCCACACCCACGACGCCCGCGGCACCUGCCACACCCGCCACGCCUACAACUCCGGUAACACCAGCCACACCUGUCUCUCCAGUGGCACCCGCCUCUCCUGCGACACCCACCCCUGGCACUCCCGCCACUCCCACAACUCCCGCGACACCUACGUCGCCGGCACAGCCCAGUCCGCCCGCAGACCCGCCCAAGAAGAAGGUGGUAAAGAAAGUGGUGAAGAAGGAAGCCCCUGCGGCAGCAGGCGGCGAGGCACCAGUCCCGCCGCCGCGCAAGAAGGAAAAGAAGCCCAAAGAGAAGUGAGCGCUCGCGACACGCUCCCGAUAGUUCCUCUGUGCCAUAAUCGUAGCCUUUCUAAUGUUAAAUGUCUAUUUAAUUUUCGAAUAAUUAUGCUUUUAUGUAUCGCGUAAUUUUUUACUAUAAAAUGAUGUUAGCAUUAAUUUUUAUACUCGCUAUCACACACGGCCAAUGUAUUGUUUAGUUUGAUUUUAUACCUUUACUUUUUAUUAAUUCUAUGAUUUUAUGUUUUAACACUGAUAAUAAUCGGUUUUUAUUGUUCUGAAAAUUUAUCUACCAAAGGACGAAACGUAUUUAUUGUAUGAAAACGAAUGUUUUUAUGAAAUUUUAUAUUAAAAGUCUAUUUUGGAAUA